AUGUCGUACCGCGAUUACCCGCCCGCGCAGCAUCGCCCGCUGAUCGACCUCAUACCUUCGCACCACGAUGACGUUGACGCCUCUGACGAGGAAGACGAUUUCUACAGCAAAGAAGACGACCAACUUAUCCCUCCAAAGCUACAGGCUUUGAUCACACAGACAUCGAACCGAGUCCCACGCAAAUUACAGCGCUGUGUCGUCAUAGCCUUGGCUGUCGCAUUUCUGUUCCUGCUAAGCUGGAAAGCAUACCUUGGACCGCGACGUGCCGCGCAGCUACAAGAGUUGAAGGAUAUGGAUGAGACACCGAUCAUGAGCUAUGGAAGCAACGUGCGUCCAGAGUUCAAGGGAAUGAUUCAGGUCAGGAACAUGGACAGCCAGCACCUCCCUAAGAAGGGACAUAGGCUUAUCUUUGUUGGUGACGUUCAUGGAUGCAGAGAAGAGCUCGAACACCUGCUGAAAAAGGUCGACUUCGUGAAGAAGCAUGACCAUCUCGUCUUGACUGGCGACAUGAUUGCGAAGGGCCCCGACUCGCCAGGCGUCAUCUCGCUGGCGGAGAAGCUCGGUGCAUCCUGCGUGCGUGGCAACUGGGAAGACAAGGUCCUCCUCAGCAUUGCCGAGUCAGAAGCGCGACACCUCGACAUACUCCCUGGCCCUGAUGAGUCUCCCGACCGCAAAACAGACUUCCUCGACGAAGCGUCACACAGCCACGGCGAUUACGCGCUUCGCAAACUUGCGAAGUCCUUCUCCAAGCACCAAAUUGCAUACCUCCAGCAAUGUCCCGUCAUUCUACGUAUCGGCAACGUCCCAGACCUUGGCGAAUUUGCUGUCGUCCAUGCCGGUCUAGUUCCAAAUAUCCCACUUGAAAACCAAGACCCAUUUCACGUCAUGAACAUGCGUACCAUUAAUCUGAAGACACACAUACCCAGCUCUAAACAUGCUGGCACACCAUGGGAGAAGUUCUGGAAUCAUCAGCAAAAGAAGAAGGCACAGCACGAGCGCUUGAGUGUCGUGUAUGGACACAAUAGGAAGAGGGGUUUGAAUCUUCAGGAGUUCACAUUUGGACUGGACAGCGGAUGCGUCAGUGGAGGCAAGCUAACAGCGCUUGUAGUAGACCACAAGGGCAAGACGGAGAUUGUUCAGGUUAAAUGUCACCAGGAGAAGGGUUGGGAAACCGAAGAGUAG